CUACUCUAGAUGCUAUUCCGCUCCCUCCUUUAUUAGUAAUAAAGGCUUCGUUAUUUUGGGUUCUUGAGGAACUAGAAAAGAAUUUCACUUUCUGACAGUCAGGAGCUCGCACUAUAACUCAGAUAGAGACCCUAGGCAACCAAUAGUCUUCUUCUUCAACAUGAUAAAGUUUGACGUUUGAUAUAAAAGACCUAUAUUUACAUUUGAAAUCGAUCAAAUUGAGGGGCUAAGGAACUGUUAUAUGAAUUUUUCACUAAAAAUUGUGAAAAGGUCUUCAUAAGCUUUUUAACAUAACCUAGGGCAUUGAUUUGUUUUAAAAGCUCAAUAAUUGAUUGUACUUAAUCAGCAUUACUUUGAGCCACGAUUGUCUUUUGUUAGACCAUCUGAAGAACAUUUGUUCAUAAUGAUUUAUCUUCCUUCAUCACACACAGUAUAAUUUCUAUGAGAUGAAUAAAAACUAUCCUCGUGAAAUACACAUUCAAAAUGGGAAAACUAUACACAAUCGAAGUGCUUUGAGUAAUGGCAAGGGAGAAAAUAGCAAGUUAGAACGAAAUUUAACUAUCCACUGGUGCGAAUCUGAAAUGUCUUAUCAUGAGCUAUCCCGUGAAUAUACUGGAGUCGAUAUACGUAAUAACGAAUUGCAAAAUAAUAAUUACCUUGCUGCACCUGGUGGCCAAUUAAGACCCGCAAUCUCAGAAGUAGAAGGGUUAGACAGAUACGCUAAACAAUGCUUAGAAGAGAGAUCUGUAACACCGCCUGAAAGAAACGGCUAUAUGAACGGUCAUUCAACUAAAUCGGAUGCUAAUCACGUUUCUACAGAAUCGUUUUCCUCAUUUAAAAGGCAUCCUACUCAUAAAAGUGAUCAAAAAAAUGUACAAAAGCAACCAGAAAGCCUGACAGUUUUCGAGAAAUUAUGUCAAAAGUUUUCUAAAGAUGCAACUUAUAAGAAUGAAAUACGUGCUGGAAAACGAUUGGGAUUUUAUCGAUUUGUUCUGGAUAUUGGAAGAGGGAACUUCUCAAAAGUCAAGCUGGCACUUCAUAGUUUAGUCAAUAUCGAAGUUGCAGUCAAGGUUAUUGACAGAACUAAAUUUGAUGAGAAAACUCGACGCUUACUUUCGCAAGAACUAACAAACAUGGAACGUUUACAUCAUCCACACAUAAUUCGUGCAUAUGAAGCACAUGAGGUAUUACAACGUUGGCAUUUAGUUAUGGAAUAUGCGCCUAAAGGUGAACUUAAUUCAUAUUUAAAACGAUCUGGUCGAUUGGAUGAAAAAACAUCAAAAAAUUAUUCUUCACAAAUACUUUCAGCUCUUGAUCACUUACACAAUAAUGGUGUGGUUCAUCGAGAUCUAAAGGCGGAGAAUGUUUUCAUCGUCAGCAACAUGUAUGUUAAACUUGGUGAUUUUGGCUUUUCUAAAUGUGUGGCUCCAGAUGCUGCCUUGACAACGUUCUGUGGCUCUCCGCCAUACGCUGCUCCUGAGUUAUUUGUUGCGGAUUCUUACACAGGACCAGCUGUGGAUCUUUGGGCUCUUGGUGUUCUCUUAUUUUAUAUGGUGACUGGAAGUUUGCCUUUUAAAGCGGAUAGUUUACACAAAAUUAAACGUUUAAUCCUAUCAGGUGAUUACCGAAUCCCAGCCUAUGUUUCAAAUGAUUGUCAAACAUUAAUCUCAGGAUUAUUGGCGACUAAUGUUGAACGCAGAUAUACCGUAUCUCAGGCGAAAAGUUCCAAAUGGUUCAGUGAUAUUGACUGGCAGCAUCUAAUGAAACAUAAAGAUCCAACUCCUGAUGAGAUUGAUGAUGCAUCUGCUCGGUAUCUAUUGAAAAAAUGGUGGGAUGUAGACUCUUAUGAAUUAGAUAAAGCAUUAAGUGAAGGCCCUAAAAACAAACUAACUGGUAUUUAUCGUAUUCUUCGUAGUAAAGGUUUACAAUACAAGAAAGAUCCUACCUUACCUGAUCAAAAAUAUAAAAAUAAACGAGGUCGAGUUAAACGUAAUGGUUCUUGUAGUACCGGUAAAAAUAAACCACGACCAGCUAGUGUAUCACAUAAAGAAUUAACAACUGUUGAUUUGAGAGAUCAAAAAUCUAUAAAAAAUGGUGAAAACUCUACACGAACUUGCAACAUUUUGUAAAAAAAAAUAAUGUAUAAUUCAUUUUCAUUUUAUUCUUCAUUCAUUCAUUUGUUUUUUUAACUGUAAAAAUUUUUUAUUUCAUUUUCUGUUUGUUUAUAUUAUUUUCUCUAUAAUAAUUUCGGAUGGAAUACAGGUUAAAAUGGAUUAUUUUUUGUAGUCUUUAGCAUCACAUCACCAUGUUACUAUUUCUCUGAUACAUUUUUUUCUUCUCAAAAUGUAUUAUCAAUAACUUUUCACCACUUUGGUUCAACUUCACUGAUUAUUUGCAUGAUGUAAGAUGUUGUUAUAAUAAUAAUAAUAAUAACAAUAAUAAUAAUAAUAAUAAACCCAUUUCUAGUUUAAAUAUAAACUUAUAUCACAUGUCUUUCUACUGUUGGUAUUAUUUGCACUGCCUAAUAUCAUGUUUCUUAUUUUAACUUAUUGUUUGUUUGUUUUUGUUUUUUUCAAUCAUUGUUUUAUUUUCAAAUCAAUUAGAAAAGAAAACCUAAUUUCUAUUGUUUUCAUUAAAUUUGAUUGUUUCAUGUAUGUUUAUUUCCAUUCAAUUUACUGAAUAUUUCAAUAAAUAAUUAAUCAUUUCUAUUGUUCAAAUUUCUAUUCAUUAUUAUACAAAUUACAUACAUAUAAUUAAACUAAUUUAUUGUAUUACAUGAUGAUUGGCUGUGAAAUAAUGAUUAUUCUCUGAUUGGUUGUGCGAUUGGUAGAUCGAUUGAUUAAUCAAUCUAUCGAUUAAAUGUGCUUUUUUUUUAUAAACAAAAAUAUUAUUAUACAUAAUAUUGUGAUUCAUUUAGUUAACUGACCUAAUUAAACACCUAAUUCCUUGAUUAAUUCAUCAUUUAUUUGCAAUAUAUUUAUUAGUUUAUUUUUAACUUUAUUUUUCUCUUUCAGGUUCUUUCUUGUGGUUUAACUUUUUAUGAUUAUUAUUAUUAUUAGUUGAUUUCAUUGUAUAUUUUCUAAAAGAAAAGUUUCUUUCAUCUGUAAUAUUAUCUUUUCUAUUGGGUUAUUCUAUGAAUCAAACUUCAUAAUGAAUAUAUUAUUACUAUUAUUUUUUAUUUGCAAUACUUACAUAUGUUGAUUAAUCAAAAUAGUUAAACUUUAUUAAUCUCCUUAAUUAGUGAUUUUCACUCUUCCUUUUAAAAUUAUUAUCAAUAAAAGAAGUUGAAAAUACAUGUAAAGAUGAAAUCGACAUGUAAACUUCUUGUAUGUAAACUUGCAGAUAAUCAAUUGAUUAAUCACUUAAAUUAUCCUGUGUACUUAUAUUUGAUUAAACUGGUUAAAUGGAAGGAACCAUAAGAAUGUUGUCUAUCUCUGUAUCACUAAUUAUUAAUAACGAAUAUGAUACUUGAUACUAUUUUACAGUAAAAUGAUGGGAAAUAUAAAAACAAAUAUUUUUUUUUUAUUACUUUAAUCUCAAUUAUUGUAUUUUCUCUUUUCUUAUUUUAAUCGAUCUAUUAUUUUUGUUUUCUUUUGUUUUGUUUUUCGUUUAUUUUCUAAAUUUCUUAUCCUGGUGUUGUUUCAUUGUGUAUUGUUUAGAUAAAAGACCGACUGAAGUGAAAUCUCAUUCUUAAUACUCUUUUUAUAAACUAUUUAUACUUUUUGUUAUAUAUUACAAAUUAAAUGGAAUUGUUUUCCUACUGAAUAGAAUAAUUGUAUUUGAUUUUAUGUAGAAUAUAUAAAUGACAGAAUAGAAAAAUAAACAAUUUUGUUGACCUUCUUAAAAUCGUCCCGCAAAUCUUUUGAGACUGUUUUUUUUGCCUUCCAUGAGCAAGAAAGUUAAUUCUAGUUAAUUAAAUUUCAUCACUUAAUAGAUUUAGAGAAAAAUCAUUUAAACCUCUCUUGUAAUAUUAUUUGACAUUGUUGAUAAACCUUUGCUUUUCAAGAAAAAAGCUAACAAAUUAUUAAGUGUUAUUGGUCAAGUAAAAAUCUGUGGAUGUAUGCGAUUGAAGUUUAAGGAUUGACAUAAUUCUUACUAAGAUUACAUUGUAAAGUUGAUUUUUAUAUGUUCAUCACUGUGUACUCAACACUCUUAGUUUAACAAAAUGCAAUUCCAGUUAACUCUGAUCAAUAUCUUUCAAUAUCUUAGUUGAAAACAUUACUACUAACCAGUUGGUUUGUUUAUAAUUAUAUACAUAGUUUUCAGACGAAAGUUAGUGUGAUGUAUUAACCUUUAAAUUUGGUUAAAUAUAUUUAUACUUAUCAUUUGUAGUAAAACUACAAGGACGAGUAACAUGCUGUUGUAAAAAUCGAUCAAUUGUGAAUAAAAAGCGCUCAACACGUUAAGUGUCGUUUGUUGCUCAAAUGCCAUAAAUAAAAUAAUUCUAUACGAGUUCAGUCUCUAUGCAAAUUAGUAGAGUUUUAGGAAACAACCUGAAUGAUAUAGGUUUGAAAGCUUGUAUAAACAAGUGUUGACAUUGUUAAACUGUUUUUAAAAAACAUGUGCAUGAAAAAUUUCACCCUAGAAAACUCAUGCCUAGAGAACUAUAUGAAUAACCUGAAGAACUUAUCAUACUGGAUACAUUCACUAUCAAAAGUGAACUUCACCAAUUUUCUAAUUCACAUAAACAGUGUGAAGAAAAAUUAAAGGUUGUAAAGCUCUUUGCUAGAAUAGAUUAAUUAAGACAAGCUUUGGAGAAUAAUGUAUCAAGUUUACACUGCGUGAAACACAACCAUUGCAAAUUACGCUUCUUCUACUGCUCAUCAACGUUUGAGACCUCAGCUAUUGAAUGACGAGAGAUAUUAGUAAAAACUACACUUCAUGUUUAGCCUAUGUGAUCAUUUCGAAAUCUGGAUGUGUAUUUUUCGUGAUUUCUUAUAAAAAAUCUAGUUAUUUGUUGAUAUUUCUGAGUACAAGAAUGACAUUCUGCAAACACUUUUGUAAAUAUUUUGAUUGUAAAGUUGAUCACACUAGAGUUAUGAUUAAACUAUAAUUCUCACUGCUGAUGUAAUAAAAAUUAAAUUUCUCUGUGACUAACCCUUUUGAUUUUCAAGUAUUUUUCAAUAAGUAUGGUUAGAAACUGAUGUAUAUAAGAUAGAAUUAUUUUCUGUUACAUUUUUUUAUCAACUGAGCCAGUUCGUUCAAUAUGAUUAUCAUGACUUUUCUUCUCACUUUGAAUUUAGGGUUUUUUGUUAAGUGAAGUAAUUUUUCGC